AUGGUCCUGGGCUUGCUGCUCUCGGAUCUAAAUCGCCUUCGGGUGCACGACCAAGUCUAUGUCAUCGUUCAGGCAACCGUCUUCCUGCCCAUCUCCCUUGUGAUUUGCGUCGUUGAGUGGAGUCGAGGGACCCGGAGGAAGCCACAGCUUGCUAUAGCAGGCGAUGCUCGAGAUCAGCAUGCUGUGCGGGUUGCCAAGAUUGCCGCGGAUGUCAGGAGUCAGGCCAAGGAAGGUGGGCUCUUCACCUCGCGGCCUGACCGGGAGCGCAUCAGCUCACGCAUCACCCCUCCGCGCAAGCGGACCGUGGACACGAGCCAGCUGAAGAACAUUGUCCAGGUCGACACCGAGAAGGGCGUCGUCUGCGUCGAGCCGCGCCUUCGGAUGGUCGAGCUCUCGCACUACCUCCUCAGGCAAGGCUACACCGUCCCUUGCGUGCCAGAGCUCGACGACCUCACCGUCGGGGGGCUUCUGAUGGGCUGCGGCAUCGAGUCGACGUCCUGGAAGUACGGGAUGUUCAACGAGAUCUGCAACUCCUACGAGCUCGUCACUUGCGCCGGCGAGGUUCUUCAGGUCACGCCAGAGAGCGACAAGGAACUCUUUUACACGCUGCCGUGGAGCCAUGGCACCCACGGCAUCCUCGUCGCAGCGACGCUGCGCAUCAUUCCAGCGAAGCCGUACGUGAAGCUUCAGCUGUCGCACUGCGCCGAUCGAGACACCCUCUGUGAGCAGCUCCAGAGCGCGGUCAAGGGAGGCGACCACGAGUUCGUUGAGGGCCUUGCCUUCAACCGCAACUCCGCGGUCGUGAUGAAGGGCACUUUUGCGGACUCGCCAAAGGACGGAGUCCCGUUCCUUUCCUUGGGCCGCUGGUACGAUCGGUGGUUCUUCAAGCAGGUAGAGGCCAUCAAGGACGGUCAGGUCUACAUGCGCACCGACGAGUACCUGCACCGGCACUCCAAGAGCAUCUUUUGGGAAUUGUCUUACCUCCAGCCUUGGGGGAACACGCCGCUCUUCCGCUACCUCCUUGGCUGGGUCAACCCCCUGAAUAUCGCCUUGGUCAAGUCUUACCAGCCUGAGUUUACGAUGAGGUACUACUGCGACGUGAACGUGAUCCAGGACUACCUCAUCCCCAUUACCGAGCUGAAGCCAAUGCUCGACUUGGGCGAUGAAGCUUUAGGUGUGUAUCCAAUAUGGCUUUGCCCCUACUUGAACAAGCACCACGAGGUUGUGUCCAUACACCAUCCGCACUCCAAAGACAAGGAUGUCAUGUACAUUGAUGCCGCGCGUCUUGGAAAGUGGGUUCGUGGCUUUAACCCCCGAAAACCCUAA